AGAAGGUUGAAGUAGCUACAUAUCGAAUGAUAAGAAUAUUUGUAUAAUAAGAAGUAGUCACUUCAUAAAUGUUACACAGUCCGUAUCUGAAUCCCACUUCGUUGGUGAAUCCGGUCCUGUCUCCCUGUCAGUGAAAUGUCAUUCUGACGUGCGCAACGUAACCUCAAUUCGUUCCGAAUCAUAAAAAUUCGUGGAUACGCGGCUUUAUUCGUGCCAUUCCUUAAAUUGUUUAUAUUUAUUAAUGAGUAAUGACUCGUUAAAAUAAAUGGAUGCGAGACGUUCUUGUUCCCCCCUAACCUUGUUUAUAUAUCGUACCGGUUUUUUAAGAAGAUAAAAAUUGAUAUCGCUAUAGUAUAAACAAAGUCGUGCGGACGCAUUUAUCUCCUUGUGUAUUUUGACACGUACAACGCGAUUGUUGUAUCGGUUGCCACGAUGGCUAAUUCGCCGAAAGACAAAAAGUAUUCAAAAAACGAAAAAUUGGUUAAUUUAGAUUUGACCAAGGAAAACAUGAGCCCUACUAGCAACAAGACUGCCCACUUGGGUGAAAUAGCGAUCGAGGCCUCUCAAAUCGUAAGUCGGCUCGAACAAGUCGCAGAAAAUGGCAAAUCGCCUGAUUCGGUACCGGCGCAGCCCACAGUGUUUCUCGGUGUUGAACAGCGAAGAUCCGAUGAAAUUAUACAGACGAUUGAGAGCCUGCUGAUUAGCGACGACGAGAGCGAAGCCGCUCCCCAACCGGUAUUAGAUGAUAUUUCAAAAAUGGUGAUAGUCUCGCAUAGUAUCAGCGCUUAUUGCGGCGGUUUAGAUAGACAUUUAUUACAAAAAUUCAGUACCAGAGUUACCACUGAUACAACGCGGUGGUUGUGCCAAAUUUUCGGGUUUGUGGAUUCUGUCGCAUUUUAUCAUGAUGAUCAAUUGGAAGGAUUGGUGAGGAUAACACGGAUGAUGUUGCACUACAAAUAUCCGAGGUAUCUUGAGGACGGUGCUUUAGCAUUUAGUACAGUACCUCCGACGAUAUAUAGCAGUGUAGCAAGUCCUUUAGGUGUGGUACAGCAUUUGUGUAGACAAUUAGGGCUGCCUCUCGCUUGUGUUCGACCUGUACCCGUAAACACUCACUUCGGUUCUCAGCAUACGAUGGAUGUAGGUGCUUUACAAAAAAUGUUGGCCGAAGAUGUGAAUGCCGGUCGUACACCUUUAAUUGUAAUUGCGGAUGCUGGUACCCCGAUCGCAGGACACGUUGAUAAUUUGUUGCGAUUGCAAGACUUAUGUAAAUUACACGAUGUAUGGUUACAUCUUCGAGGACAUUCCUUAGCAGCUCUUACGUUACCGUUGACUCAGCCUAGUGAACCGAAUCAGUGCGGGGCCGAUAGCGUUACUUUAUCUCUUGGAAGUUGGUUAGGUGUCACCGGCCUGCCAAUGGUUACAUUGUAUAGAAUUUGGGAUUCGACCAAAGACCAAAAUCAGGUUCGCAAUCGGCAAGUCGGCGCGAGUCGAGAAAGCACACUGCCUUUGAUCGCCGGUUUGAGUACCGAUCACCAAGGCAAACGCAUCGUCGCUUUACCCUUAUGGAUGCUGUUGCAAUCGCUGGGCCGAGAGGGAUUUCACGCGCGAAUUCGCGACGCCUUUCUUUCGAGCGAGAGACUCUGGGCCGCCGUAGACGUGUACAGACACGUUCGACUUUUGAGCCCGAAACCAGGCGGCGAAAGCGGUUCGUAUACCGUUUCCGAGCUAAUAUCUAAACCGGCUAAUACUUCUAUUUUGUUAGAGACGACUGCGAGUUGUGUGGUCUUCCAAUUCAUUCCAGAAACUAAGGAGAAUGAGGUACUAACGAAAGUGCCUCACUAUUACGACAAGUUAAACUCGUGGUUAGGCCAAAUCUUACAGUUGGACGCGCCACAGGUUAAUAUAGAUAUUUGCGAGUUAGAGAAUAUCGGAGUGGUAUUGCGGUAUUGUCCGUUUGAAAAUGUCACUCCGAAUCAUCCAUCGGUCGAAGACAUUCAGAUGUUCGUGCAGUGUUUGGAGCAGCAGUUGGUGAUUUUACGGGCUACGGUUCAGCAAAAAGAAACUUUUAUUAAAUUGGUUGAGGUGUCGCCCGUCUUGAAACUUGUCGAACUACCUGAAUGGGCAGGUCUCGGAGGUGUUCGAUACGCCCCCGAAGGCUGGGAACAGCUCUUGACCGACCAAGCCAAGGGAGAGUUAAAUUCGUUGAAUAUCGCGCUCGUAGACGCGCUACGUGCUACAGAUUCCGCGUUUUCGCUGGGCGAAGGUGUCGACGGACUGAUGUGCGUUAGAUUCGGCAUGCUUACCGCACAGUCGGAUAUCGAAGAACUUCUCAAUUUGGUGGUUAAGGUCGGGCAGUCGGUCGAAGAGAACUCGCGAGUUUUGGACUCGAUGAGCGAAAUUGUGAAAAAAGGUAUCGAGACCGCAACUUUAGAUCUGCAAAAAGAAAACGAAGAUCGAUUAUGGCAGGAAGGAAUUUUGAGGCACGUACCGGUCGUCGGAACCUUCGUCAAUUGGUGGUCGCCCAAAAAUAAGGAGUCCGGCAUAAGGGGGCGAAGCUUAAAUUUAACGCAAGGCAUCGUCGAAUCGACCGAAAACAUCUACAAGUACCACAUGCAAAUACCGAGCGGGGCCGCGCCGGCGGGCACCAAAAGUCCCCCCACUCCGCUCGUUCAAACGCCCGUCGGCGGAAACCACUCGCGUUCUAGCAGCCACGCGUCCAAUCAAAGCGGAUCGAACGUGAUACAGGCGCAGGCGAAUGCGGUCGCACAAAUUCAAGGUAAAGUGGAGAACAGCGUCGAGAGUAAAGACGUUCAAUUACCCGCGCACGCGCAACCCGACAGUCAUAUACCCAAUGAGAGUACCGAAGUACGGUAAUUACGUAGCGAAUCAAGUACAAGCUUUUGUAAACGUAGACUGAUGAGUAUUAAUUUAAUCGUUAGGUUUGUAAAUAUGUUUCUUAAACGAUUUGUGCUGAUCGAAUCUCUUCGUAAAUUAUUUGUAUAUUUUGCUUUAUCUUGCGGGCUAUUAGGUGGAUUGGGGUUAUCUAUAACUAAAAUUUGGCAUUUUUACUGCGUAGGAAGCUGAUCGCCGCUUAGUUUUUAUGUUAUUCUCCGUCGCGCACUCCGACUUUUAUAAAAAUUGCAAUUAUUUCCAAAAUUAUUGCAAU